AUGACAUACAGAGGUCCAAAUCAACCAAAUCAAUUUAAUAGACAAUUCAACCAACCUCCAGCUCCAGUUUAUCCUGGUGCUAGUAACAUUGGUCCAGUUUCACCAUCAAAAAAUUUUAAUGAAAGUUUUGAAUCUGCAAGUAGUAAGUUAGAAGAAUUUGUUGAUCAAUAUUCUAAACCACUUAAACCUUACAUUCCAGGUAUUGGUAGAUUUUUCAUUGUUGCAACAUUUUAUGAAGACAGUUGGAGAAUUUUCACUCAAUGGAAUGAACAAGUUUAUUACUUGCAUAAUUACAAGCAUUAUUGGAAAUGGAUAACCGUUUUAUUUUUACUUAUUAAUAUUGUUACCAUGUUAACAUCUUCCACUUUAUUAAUUUUAAGAAGACAUAAUGAAAUUGCCACCGUUUCGUUGGUAGCUGUUGUUCUUUUACAAGGGAUCUUUUAUGGUUUAAUAUUCGAUGGUUUAUUCAUUUUAAGAAAUUUAAGUGUUGUUGGAGGUUUGAUUUUAGCUUUUUCUGAUAGUUUAAUAAGAGAUAAAAGAAGAUUAUCUAUGCCAGGUUUACCUAUGAUUAAUAAUCAAGACAAUAAGAAAUAUUUCUUAUUAGCUGGUAGAUUAUUAUUAGUCUUGUUAUUCCUUGGUUUUGUAUUUUCUUCUUCAUUAUCUUUCACUCGUUUCCUUGUCAUUCUUGGUGGUUUUGUUACUUGUGCAUCAAUUAUUGUUGGUUAUAAAACUAAAUUUUCAGCUUCUAUCUUAACAGUAUUAUUAUUCACUUAUAACAUAUUCGAAAAUCAAUUCUGGAAAUAUGGAUCUCAUGAUUCUUCAAGAGAUUUCUUAAAAUACGAGUUCUUCCAAACUUUAAGUAUUGUUGGUGGUUUAUUGAUUAUUGUCAACGCUGGUGCAGGUGAAUUUUCAAUCGAUGAAAAGAAAAAGAUAUACUAA